CGUGAUGUGCUUAGGAUGCACAGGGCGCUGCCUCUCCCCCCGUGUUUCCCGCUGCCAUGCUGCACCCUCCUGCAACUCUGACUAUGCGCGUGUGUGUGCGGCGCGCGCCUACGCCACCUGCAGCUUGCAUGGGUUUCUGCACUUGCUGGUUGCGUGCGCUGUAGGAAACGCAGGAGGCAGCAUGUUUCUCCCCAACGUUGGUUUGUAGAACCGCUCUUGUGGAGGCCCUCAGCGGAGUUUGGAAGGGGGCCAGUGGCCGUGGUCUCGCCAUGGAGAAAAUGGCCAGAGUCACCACGGCCCUGGGCGGCAGCACCCUGACAGGCCGCACCAUGUUCUGUCACCUUGAUGCCCCUGCCAACGCCAUAAGCGUCUGCCGCGACGCGGCCCAGGUAGUGGUGGCCGGACGCAACAUCUUCAAAAUUUACUCCAUGGAGGAAGACCACUUUGCGGAAAAGUUAAACCUGAGGGUGGGCCGAAAGCCUUCCCUCAACUUCAGCUGUGCCGACGUGGUGUGGCACCAAAUGGAUGAGAACCUUCUGGCCACAGCGGCCACCAAUGGCGUGGUGGUGACGUGGAACCUGGGCAAACCGUCCAGGAACAAACAGGACCAGCUCUUUACUGAGCACAAAAGGACGGUGAACAAAGUGUGCUUCCACCCCACAGAGGUCUACAUGCUACUCAGCGGCUCUCAGGACGGCUACAUGAAGUGCUUUGACCUGCGGAAAAAGGACUCUGUCAGCACCUUCUCAGGACAGUCGGAGAGCGUGAGGGACGUGCAGUUCAGCAUCCGUGACUACUUCACCUUUGCGGCCACCUUCGAGAAUGGGAACGUACAACUGUGGGACAUCCGCAGGCCGGACCGCUUCGAGCGCAUGUUUACCGCCCACAAUGGUCCCGUCUUCUGCUGUGACUGGCACCCCGAAGACCGGGGGUGGCUAGCGACUGGGGGCCGUGACAAGAUGGUAAAAGUGUGGGACAUGAACACCAACCGAGCCAAAGAGAUAUACUGCGUACAGACCAUCGCCUCCGUGGCCCGUGUCAAGUGGCGUCCUGAGAGGAAGUACCACAUAGGCACGUGCUCCAUGAUGGUGGACCAUAACAUCUAUGUGUGGGACGUACGGCGGCCGUUCAUCCCGUUUGCUACUUUUGAGGAACACAAAGAUGUGACAACGGGCAUCAUUUGGCGCCACUCCCAUGACCCUUACUUCUUGCUCUCGGGCUCUAAGGACAGCACUCUCUACCAACACAUCUUCAGGGACGCCAGGAGGCCGAUAGACCGUGCAAAUCCGGAAGGCCUCUGCUACGGCUUGUUUGGUGACCUUGCCUUUGCAGCCAAGGAAAGCCUCAUUUCUUCCUCCUCUUCCUCACAUGACUCCAACAGGAAGCCCUAUGACCGGCGGCAUCCAAUCUUCUUCCUGAGGAAGCCAGACCCCAUGGAACAGUUCGAGAACAUCUCUAGUGGUCUGAGCGUGUUUGAGAUGGGGGGAGGGGACAUGGGCUGGUUUGUAGCCAUGGCGGAGAGAUACGCGCUGGCGGGGCGAUCUGUGCCAGAGCUGUGCGACCAUAACGCCAAGGUGGCUCGGGAACUCAACAGGUGGCAGGUGGCUCAGACGUGGACAAUGCUGAGAAUCAUUUACUGCAGCCCGGGUACUGUGGCACCUACAAACCUCAACCACAGCCUGGGCAAAAGUGGCAGCACGCUGCCCCUUCUCAACAGCUUCAACCUGAAGGAGAUGCCUCCGGGGAUGGGCAGCGAGGCGCGGCUGGAGCAUAGCAAGGGUGACAGCCGGGCAGACAGCAUCCUCAUGGACUCCACAACCAUAAACAAUGACGAUAAUGAAGAGACUGAGGGCAGCGACGUUCCUGCAGACUACCUUCUGGGAGAUGUGGAGGGUGACGAGGAUGAGCUGUAUAUGGGCGACCAUGAACACCCACACCCCGAGGAGCAGGAGUACGUCCUGCCGCAGGAGGCCUUCCCCCUGCGCCACGAGAUCGCCGACAACCCCGCCGCUCUGGACCACCUGCAGGACAAGGCCGACUCCCCCCACGUGAGUGGCAACGAGGCCGAGACGGUGUCCCUGACCCCGGUGGAGUCGUUCUCGCUCAUCUCCAUCUCCCACGCCCUGUACGAAAACCGCCUCCCUAGCGACUUCUUCAACCCCACCGUGCGGGACAUGCUGUGCUUCUACGCCGAGCAGGGGGACGUGCAGAUGGCGGCCUCGGUGCUCAUCGUGCUGGGAGACCGGAUCCGCAAGGAAAUAGACGAGCAGACCCAGGAGCACUGGUUCACCUCCUACAUAGACCUCCUCCAGCGCUUCAAGCUGUGGAAUGUCUCCAACCAGGUGAUCAAGUUGAGCACGUGUAGCGCCAUCAGCUGCCUGAACCAGGCUUCCACCACCCUCCACAUCAACUGCAGCAACUGCAAAAGACCCAUGAGCAACAAGGGCUGGAUCUGUGACCGGUGCCGGCAGUGUGCCAGUAUGUGUGCAGUCUGCCACCACGUGGUGAAGGGCUUGUUUGUCUGGUGCCAGGGCUGUGGGCACGGCGGACACCUGCAGCACCUCAUGAACUGGAUGCAGACGAACUCCCACUGUCCAGCCGGCUGCGGGCACCCCUGUGAAUACAGCUGAGUGGUAUGGAUACAUGAACAGUGCCCUCCAAUGUGUACUUACCUCCACCUGACCGGGACAAGACAGGUACACCCUCUCCCCUUCUUAUAACAAGAGACUGUAUUAGUCGUGUCCACAUGUGCCCGUACCUGGUCUGAUCUGAAGAAGUGCAUUGUAGAAGGUGCCAAUGUGUCGCCGCCCUGCUGGUGGGAGACCUGUGCGUUGUCAGGGCAUCCUGCAGAACGCUCUUCCAGUCGGAGUGAUGCUUUGUGACAGGUGUGGAUAAUUGGGUUGACGCUGUCUAGGUCGACAGUCACUAGGUCGGCCGCCGAAGGUCGACAGUAAGUAGGUCAACACUGACUGAAGGUCGACACAUGACUAGGUCAACAAGUAUGGAAGGUCAACUCGGGUAAGGUCGACACACAACAGGUCAACACAGUUUUUUUUUUUAUUCGGGGGUGGGGGGUGUUUCUUAACCCAAAUUUCUAUCUGGCACCACCGACGGUUGAAACGCAUCCUCUCUCGGGGUACGCUUCGGGCACGGAGGCUCGCUGCGCUCGCCACAAGGUUUCUAACCAACUCUAUGCCCACUUGAAUAGAGGCGGUAUGAAAAGGUCCUAAAACCCCCCUCCCCAAAAUGUGUCGACCUAAUGACCGUGUCCACCUUCCAUACCUGUCGACCUUCAGUCAGUGUCGACCUUCAGUGGUCGACCUAAUGACUGUUGACCUAGAGAGGGUCGACCUAAAGUCUGGGAAAAGCCCAAUUGCUUCCCCCCUGCCUGUAUAAAUGUCAAAAUAAAAGCCUACCAGUGUCUAGACUGGCGGUAGGCAAACUGAGGCUCCCUAGUUGUUAAGAACUACAAGGCCCAGCAUGCACUGUUUACAAAACUGGCAUAUGGUUCCACAAUAGCUGGACGGCCGCCGGUCACCUGCCUCUGGUUGAGAUAGCGACUGUUGUCGGGGAGACGCUUAGAUAGCGAUUGUGUGCCGGCUGCCGAAUCUGUUUCCGCGUUGUUGUUUUUUUGUUUUUUUAUACAUUUUAAAUUCACUCCCUAUUUUCCAAGCCCGGCAGAAUAAUGCGUUCUUCCCGCAUUUAUCCGAUAUCCGUAUUCUACAGUCAUAUAAUAUAAAAUGUAGCGCCCCAGUUCUGCUAAUGCGGGGGUCUGGGGAUUGCGAGUGUCUGUACCACUUGGCGGCUUGUAUAAUAACCUUGGUACUGAGAAUGAUGAAGUCCUGUAACCGGUAGAAGCCAGAUAUCGGCUUGUGGUUGCUAUGGGUUACAGCAAAUGCGUACUGCUUGCACUAUUAUCCAAUAAGCCAUUUCGGCCUCAUGUAGGGGAAAAUCCAGAAAGGAAGUGCACUUUGGCAAAACUGAAUUGUGCUGCAGGACGAAAAAGGGGGAGGGGGGGGUCACAGAUGUGCGGACAUUUGUGUUCUACUUCCCCUGCAUGCAAACAUAAGUUGCCUUUUGCCCCAUGGUUUGUCCGGGUGCAAAAAUUGUUCCCUUUAACUGGAUUUACCCCGAACGUUUGCCCAUUUGUGCGUUAGUCUGAGGAGAUUGCGGGGCCUUUUGAUGUUGGGGUUCCCGGAUAAAUUAUAUUUUGUCACCUUUUUAUUUUAUUGAAAUGCAGUGAGACACCCAGGACCUGGGUUUCUACAUUUCUCCCAUAUUACCUCACGGUAACCCAGCUCCUGCAGUUCUCCCCUGGCCCUGAAGGCUUUAUUAUAACAAAUGUGUGUAUUUAUUAAAGUCUGCGGCCAUUUUGUAACAAUCUCCUCAGGUAGAGUGUUGGUCUGUUCUCCGGCCUGUAAGAUAAAUUGUAUUUACAAUGUUUGUACAUAAUUGUAUAUGAAUAAACCUACGGCAUUACGUUGUCUUA